UUCCGCAAGCCCAUAAGGCAUUGCUCAGAAAAUAUGGCAGCGGUCACAACAGUCAUUUCUGUCACGUAGUUGCUCGCGUUAAAGCUCCUGAAAUUAGUGCAGCUCAAUUAAACACGAUGCCCAAAUACUACGAAGAUAAAGUGGAAGAUGGUCGCGCCUGCUCUGGCGUUAGAGAAGAUUUCAAAACCUGCCUCCUCCAGCACGACUGCGUGGUCAAGGAUGGCAGGACGCCCAGCGCGUGUCUGAGAGAGGGGCACUGCAAAGCCCUGCAGGUCGCCUUCUUUGAGUGCAAGAGGUCAAUGCUGGACACACGAUCCCGAUUCAGAGGCAGAAAAGGCUACUGAUGACACUUCCCCACACGUGUUUGAGGAACAGAAGAAAUUGCAAAUGGAUUUGAACCAAUCACACCAAGUAUUUUUGAUGUGACAGGGCUCCAGUGACUACCAAACUUGCAGUCACACCUAGAACUGACGCUCUGCAAAAAUAGCUUUCCAUUUUUUGUUGGUUUUUUUGUUUUUGUUUUUUUUGCAUUUUUACGAGUCUCAUUUUUAUGCUUAAUAUGCCAUCAAAUGCUUUUUGCAGGUGUGUAGCUAUGUGGCUUAGAAAUUAAAAAUCAAAAUUAUUUGCUCUGCAAGUAACUGUUUUUCAUCAUA